AUUUAGUAACCUAAAAGAUAAAUAAAAACAAGGAAAGUCGACCCUUAAAUUUCAGUAAAAAAAUAAUAACAAAUUUUUAUAUGCCAUCAUGUCGUUAUUAAUUUUUCUUGAAUUGACAUAGGCCCUAUGUACCUAAUCAUUUUUCAAAUAAUUAUUAAGGCCUUAUUUCUAAGCUUUUUCUAAAGUAAAAACAAAAACUUCGUUUCUAUAGCAACACAAUGAAAAGAAAAGUUUGUUUGAUCGAAGCAUUUGAAUCGGAUUUCAAUUCGGUGAAAACGAGUUUCGAAAAGCAAGUUAUAAAAAAAUAUAAAGACUCGGACAAAAUGUACAAAAAUACGAUUUGGUACAAAUCUUUAUUGGAUGCUGAGAAAACGUCCUUGAAAGAAGACAAAAUUCGUAAAAUUCACUAUAAAUUUGAAGAUGAUAGAGAAAUGGUUGAGGAAUACAACGUAGACACGCAUGUCCUGCUGAGGAGAUCUUGGAAGGUAAAGGGAAAGCUAGGAAGUGAAGGGAAAUGGGAUGUGGAAAUUGGUGACCCUAUACCAGAUGGAAUACAGUCAAUUGAAUCCACUGAAAUAGUGGAAUCAAAAGAUCAGCCUAUAGUGAUGAGACGUAAUACAAGAGUCAACUUAGAAUGGAGAAUAAGAAAUCUUCCAUAUCCCAUUGAAACCUACUGUAUAAAGGCCAAUAAUGAAGAUAAAUUUAUCAUUUUAAGUACAACAAAUAAAAAAUAUUAUAAAAAGCUUCAAAUCCCUGAAUUAACAAGAUUGGGUUUGAGCAUUGAACAGGCUAACAUUCAAUCGUCACAUAAGUACAACACCUUAAUUAUAAUGUACAAGAAACCUCAACAACUAUUAGAUAUGGAAAAGGAUUGGUAUCAAGAGUUGGAUAAAGUAAAACCAGUGAAAGAUAUACCAAAUGAAUGCAAAACACAAUAAUAGUAUUAAAUUGUAUGAAUUAUAAUUUUAAUACCUA